UUGAAAAUUGUGACAGAUUCUUCCACCACCACCAUCACUAUUUCUGCGGGAUAAAAAAACUCGGCUUUUUCAUCACCUGCGAAUUACUUUCUUAAAUAAACAUUUAACUCCACAAUUAAUUUAGUCAUCAUUUAAACAAGUUAUCCCAGACUUAAAAAGAAAUUGCGUUCACCUCCAUUUGAAAAUCAUGGCUGAAUCUCUUAAUUCCUAUCUGGAUAAUGGCGAUCUAGACAAACAAAUUUCCGCCGCCAUCGAACGUCUUCACGCGCUCCAAUAUUUUAAGAAUGUACGAAAAUCAGGGCCGAACGAAACUUCAUUUGAAACCAGACGAGAUUUCUAUUACGAGACGAGCACUAGCCAAAGUGGAGGACAAACCGGAAGUGAUUUUAAUUCUGUAGGAAAUCCAGAAUAUCUGAUGCCAAUGAUAAGUCAGGAUCCCUACGGUCAUGAGCAGUCUUUGGAGAGUGGUGCAGACUUCCUGCGACAUAAAACCCCCUCACGACUAAAUAUAUCUCAGAUUCCAUCCGCAGUUAAGAAAUCCAAGAAAGGUAGAAAUAAAUCCGAACAAGAAUCUAUUGAUGCAAGCACUUUCUACCGAACGAAAUACUUGGCUGGGCUAGAGGAAUCGAGAAAGUGCUGCAAAUGGAUAUUGGACAACUGCGAAGCCUCCGAAGGCAGUAAAAUUCCAAAAGGAGGAUUUUACGAACAGUAUUCCGAACAUUGCCUGGCAUCUGGUUCCGUUCCCGGAAUUCCUAUCUGGUUUGGGAAGAAGAUGUUUACCUUGUUUCCCGGCCUCAGCAUUCAGCGGAAGGAUCGCCAACCCAAUUCGACAUCUUGUUACCUUGGUGUUCGCCAAAAAAUAAAAUCGAUGGACUUGCAAUAAAACGUGGAAAAUCAUCAAUUUACACGGAAUUUAGAUCAAGACAUACUACACAAUAUUUAUAUUUGGUAUGUAAUAAAUUGUAUCAUAAUGGAAGUACCAGGCGUUAUUGGGUAACAUCGGAAAUAUAAUUAGGGCAAAUAUUUGGACGGAAUUUUGUAAAUAAGUACACAAUAAAGCCCAGAUGAUAAUCAAUUGAUUUUGCCAAA